CUUGCGCCCUCCACAGGCCGGGCGGGCAGGCAGAAGAGCCUGCGAGCAGGCGGGGUUUGGCGGCAGGACAGCCUGGCGCGCCUAGGCUCUUCUGGCCAACAGAGGUGGGGGACUAGAGCGGCGCCUCCCAGCUAGUCGCGCAGCCUAACCCGGUACGCAGAGGCUGCAGGAGCAGAGCUGAGCGGAACGGAGGGCUCUCUAGGCCUUGAGCGCGCUCUGUGUGUUACUGGAGUCUGGCCUUAGGUUCUUGCUUGGAAGGAGAGCAAGGGCGCUGGAGGUGAGACCCAGCCACAGCUCAAGUGCAGGCUCCCAGUCUUCUCCUAGGCGGGGGAAGAAUUCCCUUAACCACAUUCAUUACCUUGCCUUGGGCACCUUAGCUUGGGCUGCCAGGAGGCCGCGGUGGCCGGGCAGCUGUUGCACCAAGAGGGGGCAGCUGCGGAGUUCCAUAACCAUAGCAACCGCAUCAGCACCACGGCGGCAGCGGCAGUGGCGGCGGCGGCGGCGGUGAGGGCAGCAUCCGCUUGCUCCUCCUCCAGGCAGCCUCUCAGUAGAGACCUGAGACAGAGCUCGCAGGUGCUGCCGACUCCUUGGUCCGCCCACAGUCGCUGCCCGUGUUGGUUGCUGGAGAAGGAGAGAAGAAGAGAACGGGACCAAAGCUGGAACAGGGCCCUGUAGAGGUGAGAGAGAGGGAGCUCUGCAGUGGGAGACAGGGUCAAAUUCUUCUCAUGUUGAGCAAUUUUGAAUUGUAUUCUAGAUUUCGUAAUGAACCAAAAAGAUCAUGUCUGAAGUACAAGGAACAGUUGAGUUUUCUGUGGAGCUACAUAAAUUUUAUAAUGUGGAUCUCUUUCAGAGAGGGUAUUACCAGAUCCGAGUGACCUUGAAAGUGUCUUCAAGGAUCCCACAUAGACUGAGUGCUUCCAUCGUUGGGCAGUCAGAGAGCAGCAGCCUGCAUUCAGCCUGUGUCCAUGAGAGUGUUGUGCACAGUCGUGUCUUCCAGAUCUUAUACAGAAAUGAAGAAGUGUCCAUAAAUGAUGCCAUGCUCUUCCGGGUUCAUUUGCUCUUAGAUGGUGAGAGGGUAGAAGAUGCACUGAGCGAGGUCGAGUUUCAGCUCAAGGUGGACCUGCACUUUACGGACAGUGAGCAGCAGCUGAGAGACGUGACUGGGACUCCGAUGAUCAGCAGUCGCACACUCGGCCUGCACUUCCAUCCCCGGAGGGGUCUGCACCACCAGGUCCCUGUCAUGUUCGACUACUUCCACCUGUCCGUGAUCUCAGUGGCCAUCCACGCUGCGCUGGUGGCUCUGCAGCAGCCCCUGAUCAGUUUCACUCGCCCAGGAAGAGGCUCCUGGUUAGGCAAAGGUGGCCCGGAUACAGGACCAGAACAGCCCACCAUUUCUCUGGAAAACUUGGUCUUUGGAGCUGGAUACUGCAAGCCCACUUCCUCAGAGGGAAGCUUCUAUGUUCCUUCGGAGAACUGCAUACAACAUGCACAUAAGUGGCACCGGGAUGUCUGUCUACUGCUCCUUCAUGCCUAUCGGGGCCUCCGACUCUACUUCCUGGUCAUCAUGAGAGACAUUCCUGAGCUGCCCACCAUGGAGCUGGAGGUUCUUGCUGUCGAAGAAACACUUUCUCAGCUGUGCUCAGAGCUACAGAUGCUGAACAACCCGGAGAAGAUAGCAGAGCAGAUCAGUAAGGAUCUUGCGUGGCUGGCUUCCCAUCUGAUGGCUCUGUGGACCCAAUUCCUGGACACAGUAACCCUGCACUCCCACGUGACCACUUAUCUCACCCAGGAGCAUCACACUUUGAGGGUCCGAAGGUUUUCUGAAGCUUUCUUUUAUAUGGAACACCAAAAACUUGCAGUCUUGACCUUUCAGGAAAACCUGAUACAGACUCACAGUCAGCUGUCUAUGGACAUCCGGAACUCAGAGUACCUCACCAGCAUGCCACCACUGCCUGCAGAGUGCCUGGACAUUGAUGGUGACUGGAACACCCUGCCUGUUAUCUUUGAGGAUAGAUAUGUAGACUGCCCUGUCUCAGGGCAUAACUUGAGUGUUUAUCCUAAUUUUGAAGUCCCAGUGACAAGUCCUGCAAUAAUGAAGCUCAAAGGGAAAGAAAAGAGUGCUAUAAAUCAAAAGUCAUCUUCAAGAGAGGACCUUCCCUUAUCUACUACAGAAGCACCCGAGCUGGGCUCUGAUGAAGAUGUUAUUCAGUGUCCAGAGAUGGAGGAGAAUGUUUCCACACAGAAUCCAAUGGAUGUGUGUUCAGAAUCUCAAGUGUACCUAUCCAUUGGUGAAUUUCAAAACAGAGCAGGCAUACCUGAGGAUGAAUGCUGGACUGGCCCAAGGCCCGAUGCUGUAAAAGAUUCACUAGCAGAUGUGGACAUAUGUAGGAGAAGUCCAGGCCCCGAAGAAGGGCAUACCCCAGCAUUGACCUACAUUGAUGUGCAAUCUAGCAAUAAGAACUACCCUAGAGCUGAGCCCAUGCAGGGACUUAAUGUUCAGCAUGAACCCAGUGGCUCUAGGGACAGCUAUGGUAUUGUUAAGACUAUGCCAAGCAAAGUUUUAGCAGGAAUAAGCCAGAAUAAUUCUAUCUCUUUAAACCAAACAGCUGCUCUUGAGUUGAGGACUCUAGGGAGGGGAGUCGACCAGGAGGGAAAGCCUGUACUGCUAAGUCUGAAGCUCACCCCUGCUGAGCCCUGUGACACACCGAGCACUGGUCUGAGGGAAGCUUUGGACACCAAGCCUUCCCUGCCUGACCCUGGUGAAGAGCCAGAAGAUCUUUCAAUGCUCUCUGGCGUUAUCAAGAGGUCAGCCUCCAUAAUAUCUGACUCAGGCAUCGAAAGUGAACCAAGCUCCGUUGCCUGGUCGGAGGCUCGAAGCAGAGCCCUGGAGAUACCCAGUGAUCGCGAUAUUUUACAUCAGGUGGUUCGAAGGCAUGCCCACCACAGGAACUCUUUGGAGGGUGGUCACACAGAGAGUAACACUAGCCUGCCCAGUGGCAUUCAGGCUUCUCUUUCCUCCAUCAGCUCAUUGCCUUUUGAAGAUGAGGAGCGUGAGUUGGCACUUACCAAGCUAACUAAGUCUGUGUCUGCACCUCAGAUCAGCAGCCCUGAGGAUACUGCUGAAGGUUCAGACACCAUAAAGAAUUCAGCAGGAUUUUCUGAAGACCUGGACCUUUCUAGCAAGGACAACAGUUCACCCAGAUACAGUUCUCCUUCCUAUAGUGGGUCUACGGUCCAGGAUGUUAGGGCAGGACAUUCUCUUGCAGAUAUAGCUGUGGAUUCUGACAGACCCCAGGGCCCUGGGUACAUGGAUAUCCCUAAAGGCAACGAGAAUCACCCUGAUCUUCAAGGACCCUGUUGUCUGGAUGCCAUGGCUGAGAACAUACCACACGUGGAAACCAAAGGUCUUAAUUUAAAAAUACCAUGUACUACAGUGCUUGAAAAUCCUAAGACCAGGUCUUUUCACAGAACAGCAGUGGAAACUGCGAAAGGUAAAGGUAAAGAAUUGAGCCUGAGUAAACAUAUGCUUUCCAACAACAGCAUCUCAGAAGUCAGGGCUGCGUCUCACCACAGGGUGCCUGAAAUCAGUUGUGCACCAGCUGUCGGAGCUGGCCACUUGCAUUCCACAGGUGUACAAAAUGGUUCAUUAAGUGUCAAUGAUACCAUGACGUUGAAUGGAAGACAUAAUGCCUCUCCGGAGGCCAAACAUGAAGCAGGCACUGUGUGCCCCACUGUGACUCACACGAUUGCCUCCCCAGUGUCACGAAACCAAGAGCUGAAGACAGGAACUAACAUCUCUGGGGCCCACUUGAACUCCACAGAGGCCUUUACUCUCGAUAGCCUGAAGGCAGUGGAAGUUGUUAACUUGUCUGUGUCGUGCACUGCCACCUGUCUCCCUUUCUCCUCUGUACCCAAGGAGACCCCUGCUAGGGCUGGACUCUCUUCCAAACAAAGCCCAGCACCUAUUACUCAUCAACCUCUGGGCUCCUUUGGCGUUGUUUCUACCUACUCCAGCGAGUUGGAAGAAGAAGUCAGUGAGAGGAUGUUUAGUUUUUAUCAGGCCAAAGAAAAGUUUAAAAAAGAACUGAAGAUUGAAGGAUUUCUGUACAGUGACUUAUCUGUACUAGCCUCUGACAUACCAUAUUUCCCACCAGAGGAAGAGGAGGAGAACUUGGAAGAUGGGAUUCACCUGGUGGUCUGUGUCCAUGGCCUGGAUGGGAACAGUGCUGACCUCCGGCUAGUGAAGACAUUCAUAGAACUGGGGCUCCCUGGGGGAAAACUGGACUUCUUAAUGUCUGAAAAGAAUCAGAUGGACACAUUUGCAGAUUUUGAUACCAUGACAGAUCGAUUGUUGGAUGAGAUUAUUCAACACAUCCAGUUGUACAACCUCUCCAUAUCCAGAAUUAGCUUCAUUGGCCAUUCUCUUGGCAACAUUAUCAUCAGAUCGGUCCUCACAAGGCCCCGGUUCCGGUAUUACCUCAACAAACUCCACACAUUCCUGUCAUUGUCUGGGCCUCACCUGGGGACUCUAUACAACAACAGCACCCUGGUUAGUACUGGCCUGUGGCUCAUGCAGAAACUGAAGAAAUCGGGUUCCCUUUUGCAGCUGACCUUCAGGGAUAACGCUGAUCUGCGCAAAUGUUUCCUCUACCAACUUAGCCAGAAAACAGGGCUGCAGUAUUUUAAAAACGUCGUUCUGGUUGCUUCUCCCCAAGACCGCUAUGUGCCAUUUCAUUCAGCCAGGAUCGAAAUGUGUAAAACUGCCCUUAAGGACAGACACACAGGGCCAGUGUAUGCAGAAAUGAUCAACAAUCUCCUGGGCCCUCUGGUAGAAGCCAAGGACUGCACUCUGAUCAGACACAAUGUGUUUCAUGCUCUACCGAACACUGCCAACACCCUGAUUGGCCGCGCAGCUCACAUAGCCGUGCUGGACUCAGAACUCUUCCUUGAGAAGUUUUUCUUGGUGGCAGGACUCAACUAUUUCAAGUAGUAGCUUCCAGGGAGCAGCCUGGGUGACUGGCCAGAGCUGUUUAAGAUCAGCUGAGUUCUUAGCUAGGUCAUGCUUUUCCAUACCUCUGUAUUCCAGAGUGGAGUAGAAGGAAAGUGGAGGGUGUGGAGGGAUGAAGCUGGGGUGGGAUUGGACACUAGAGAUGCUUGUAUUUGAGACAUUGGGGAAGCUGAACAAACAGUGUAAAAGAUAACAAAUGUUUUCCUGAAUUUGUCUAGCUUCCUAGAGUCUCAUUCAAGAUGCUUCUAGGGACAAUAUAAGAAAAUAAGAAACAGACACUUGCCAUUGGUGAGCCCAGCUUUAUCACUACUCUGGCUCAAGGGAAUUGGUUCAACUUACCUAGAGUUUCCCAAUUUGUCACUAGGUCAUAGCUUUAUCAUGUGUUGAUUCAAUUAAGUGCACACAAACAUUUCAGAACUCAGGUUAACUUCUGUGUGGAAGUGAGGCAUCUUCCUGUAAAUAGAACCCUUAAUAGAUCAAAUGUACCAUUUGUUCAAAAAAUUAUUUUAUUCGUGUUCUCAUCCUCGCCGUAUUUUCUAAAGAAAGGACAAAGGCAAAUGUGAUAAACCCACAUCUUAUCUUCUAGCAACAGUAGGUAAGAGUGACUUAGGGAAAAGAGAGCUAAAGGUAGGACUGUUGAUGAAUACAGGUUUGGUAUAAAAAGAAAGAGCUCUAGGGAGCAUAGUGACCUAAUUGCCCCAUCUACUUCCUUAAACUUUUUCUAUGCAUAGUUCAGUCCAUAAAUUGAUUUUUUGUUUUGUUUUGUUUUUUGUGCUUAAAUUCCUUUCUGAAAUGGGGAAGGCGGAGAGAGACUCUCCCUAGUAGAAAGUGGCAGUCAGAUGAAUGUAUUCAUGUAUGAAACUCCUGCUGAUGCACUUCCAAAGAAAUGCUGGAUUAGCCUUGAAUGCAAGAGCAAAAAAAUCAAAAUCAUUAACAUGGCCAGCUGCUGCUCCUCUCCUUGGAGGAGAGAGGCAUCCUAAGAGAGGCAUGCUGGAUAAAGAACCUCAGGGGAGCUCUCAGAAGGGUGCUGUUAUCUUUCAAUAGUGAUGUCUUUAUGCCUUAGGAAAAUAAAGGGCUAGGAAAGACCACAUUUGUAGAAACUAACAGACAGCGGAGACAAAAGUAAAGGAGAAUGGAAAACAAAAGCCAGACUGAAGACCUGAUUUAAAGUGUUCUUGGUAAGUGACUGAUGCAGAAGUUUUAAAAAAAUAACCAGGAUAUUUAAAAUGGUCCCUAAGUCUAUACACUUCGUAGUCUAAAAGGCAGAAAGAGGAAAAUUUAGCUGUCUAGAAGCAAUGCAUGAACCAGGUCAGCACAGAUGAUCAUACUGGAGAUAAAGCCUAUAAUUUUUGCAGAAGUAUCCUUCACUGUAUAUAGAAACCCAGCUCACUGAUCCCAUGAGAAGAAAGUCAUUUAUGGGUGCAUGUGGCAACCGUAAAUUCAGUAAAUUCAGACCAUGAGAAAUGAGUUCAGACUAGCAGUUUGCAGGACAGUGAACUUGUGGGUGGUACUGAGAGGGAUCAGACAGCUUUGACUCCCUACAGUGAGUUCAGAGUUUCUCCAUGGAUCAUUUCUGCAUUUCUUUAUAACCUGGUCUUACUGCAUGUUCUCUUGAGAUCCUGAGUCAGGGUUUGGCACAGACACUACCUACUCAGUGGCACUGACAUGUUGGCUUUGUUUCUUGGAGAAAUUUUUUCCCCUAGUCACACAACCCAGGAUCUUCUGACUCAGACAAGUGCUGCCGCUUAGAGCAGCAUGGUCAUACUGUAGCAAAUUCUUUUUUUGGCUAUGUGUGGAGCCCUGCCUGUCUGGUCUAAUAUGCUUGUUCUGUGUUGUGUAUCUAACCCUCAGCAGCAGCGUUUGUCAACUCCUGGUCAUUUGAAAGACCAUAUAGUAUUUAUGGAGCCAGAAUGAAUUUGAUGAUCAUCGUCUUUUCCAAUAAUCAAAUGCCAUUUUUAACUUCAAUAUGCUGUCUGGACAUAGUGAGAACUAAAGGCAAUAACUGUCCAGCUGCAUGGCACACCUCUUUUAGGUGUCCUGCUGUCUUUGUAAGCCCUAUCUGGCUUCUGAGUAUCCAUUAUCAUCAUGUUGAAAGUGUACUCAUGUAUUGUAAAUAAGAGUGUCAAGUAUUGAGUGUCAUGCCUCAUUUGAAAAGGCUUUUUUAUGUCUCUUUCUAUUAAAGACUAUAUAUAAUAUAAUAUAUAUCAAUAUACAUAAAAUAAUAUAUGUAUAAUGUAAACAUGGACAUUCUAUUAUUGGUUAUAAAAAUGAUAAACAAAAUGCCUGCCAAGGUAAUGAUCCAAUGUGUUUCCAUCCUCAGUUCUCUUUUUGUGUCUUGUUUGUAUGCUUAGUAGUUUCCCCAAACUAGUUAGAAAUAAACAUUACUAACCUUGA